ACGAGACCAGCACUUCCACAUGUGCUCUCAAGGGCGAUCUCACCACAGUCUUCCUUCAUCGUCUUUAUUGUGGGGUUGACCACAAACGCCAUGGCCAUCUGGGUGUUCCUCUUCGGGAUGAAGAAGAAGCAUCCAGCAUCCAUCCUAAUGGCCAAUCUAGCACUGGCUGACCUGCUCUUCAUCGUGUGGCUCCCACUGAAGAUCACCUACCACUUCAACGGCAAUGACUGGACCUUCGGGGAGCCACUGUGUAAAGUCCUAGUGGGGUUUUUCUAUGGGAAUAUGUACUGCUCCACUAUCUUCAUAGCAUGCAUCAGUGUCCAGCGCUACUGGACUGUAGUGCAUCAACUGAGUAACCAUGUAACAGUGUGUGUAUGUGUUUGUGUGCCCACACUCAGAGUAGAAACUGCAGCUCUGACUCCGCCCACACAGAGCGCUACUUGCUAA